UAGUUGGUCAUGCAGUUGGCACGUCAGCACUGAUUUGUGUUAUGUGACAAAUAGACAGCUUUUAUGAAAUCGGUUGCGAUCUUCUACUAUUUGACUAUUCGAGUUGAAUGACUCCGAAAGUACUAUUCUGAAUUUCACGAGAGUGCAUUGUACGGUGAAGUGAACUGAAAUGUAUAUAAUUUUUAAUAUUCUUUGAGUGUACGGACUACCUAUUUAGCUUAAAAAGGUGUGAAAAUGGCGGCGUCGCAUAUACUUAGUGCAGUGGAGCCCACGGUGGGCGGGGGAGGGUCGCGCGGCGGUCGCGAGAGAGAGGUCAACAUUGCUCUGGACGACCGCGAUCUUUGGGUCCGUUUCCAGACACUCACCAACGAAAUGAUUGUUACUAAGAAUGGGAGACGGAUGUUCCCAGUUGUAAAAGUUACUGCCAGUGGGCUGGACCCGACGGCAAUGUACACUGUUCUUCUUGAAUUUGUGCAAGUCGACACACACCGUUGGAAAUACGUUAACGGCGAGUGGGUCCCUGGAGGGAAAGCUGAAGUACCGCCAUCGAACGCCAUUUAUAUACAUCCGGAAAGCCCUAACUUUGGAGCGCAUUGGAUGAAAGAGCCAAUAUCAUUUGCCAAAGUGAAACUAACAAACAAAACCAAUGGAAAUGGACAGAUAAUGUUGAAUUCUCUACACAAGUACGAGCCAAGAGUGCACUUAGUAAAAGUAGGCACUGAUCUUCGCCGCAUUAUGACUUAUCCGUUUCCCGAGACGCAGUUUAUCGCUGUAACCGCCUACCAAAACGAAGAAGUUACAUCACUGAAAAUAAAGUACAACCCAUUCGCGAAGGCCUUUCUGGAUGCAAAAGAGAGGCCAGAGGGCUAUUACCAGAGGGACUUCGUUGGAACGCAUUACCCGCAGCAAAGCUCAUCGCCUCAUCAAUAUCCACAGUUUGGUGGUUGGUUCGUCACAUCUCAGUCACUAUAUGGAAGUAGCAAUUCUUCCUCUAGAAGGCCAGCGCCGUAUCCUCCGCGACCACCUUCAAGACCUCGGACGUUGUCACCACCUUCAACGUACGGCAAUGCGGAGCGGUCAUCAGCGGCAACCAACGGCAGCGGCAGUUACACGUGGGCCGCUAGCAGCGGGUACUGGAGCUCCGGCCAGGGGAGUAGCUCGCCGCAGCCCAGCGCGUCCCCUGUCCCCUACCGCACGCCGCCGCACGCGUACCCUGCGCCCAUAGAGUACACGCCGCCAACCACCUCGUCGCCGGCCGCUGCGCCUGCGCCGCUCUACCCCUUGCAGUACGACGCACCCACACAGCACCAUUCGCCGUACUACCAACACGCCUACGCGCCGUACGCUCAUCACGCUAUUGAGGAUAUCUCGUACUGGCCGAACAGUUUAAACAGUUACGGCUAUCAACCAUCAGAGUACGUGGGUGCAGGUGACGUGGCAUAUAGCGCCGAGAAUAUGCCAUUUGGCUCCAACGGCCCUCCACUAGAAGGAGCUCCAGCAAGCCAAGACGAUAGAACCACUCCGUCGGGAUCCGAACACCAAUCUGGGGAAAGAGAAUAUAAGUUCAGUACCGAAGAAGAACGCCAGUCUCCUUGCGAAGAGUCCACUCUACCACCACGUUCGCCUCCCCAGUGACUAAUAUAAAUAUUUAGAAAACAAUUGCUAGAUCCCAUACCAAGAGCGUAGAAAUGAAACGAAAUAAAUUAUAUGUAUUACUAUAGGAAAUAAUAGAUCAAAUUCUACUUGUGGAAAAAGCUUCCUUAUGUUUUAAAUAACAUUAAAAAUUUAUGUAUGCCGUAUGUCACCUUAUCUUUAGUUUUUUUAAGCUAAUUGUCAUCAUUUUUAGACCUUUUUUAGUUGAAAUCGACCUAUCAUGGACCUGAAUUCCAAAUUUUGCAUUAAUUCAAUUUUGUUUUGGUCUUUAUGGUAGCUAUUUAUUUAAAUUGGGAGUUUUUGUAUAAUUCAUGGCCGGCCGUUUUUGUUUUACUCUGAAUUUCCAUGAUCAUAUUUCAAAAUGUAUUUAGGGAAGCGGGAACUAAAAUAAAUAGAUAAAUUGUUUGUAAGAGCCGUGUGAGCGUUGAAAUCUUUUCAAAUAAAAACGUAUUUCAGAAGAUAACAAGACUCGAAUACGAUUCGAUAACGAAAUCCUAUUAAUAUUAUAAACGCGAAAGUUUGUGUGUUGUUGGAUGGAUGUUUGGAUGUUUGUUACUCUAUAACGCCGCUACUACUGAAGCGAUUUAGCUGAGAUGGAAAGAAAGCGAUUAGCUUUGGAAUGGAAAUAGAUUUUACUCUGGAUUAACACAUAGGCUACUUUUUAUCCCGAAAAAUCUAUGGUUUCCCGCGAUUUGCGAAAACUGAUGAUUUUUAUGAUGUGAAUGUUUGUUACUCUUUCACGCCUCAACUACUGAACCAAAUUAGCUGAAAUUUGGUAUUAUGAUAUAGCCUGGAUUAACACAUAUACUACUUUUUAUCCCAGAAAAAUCCAUGGUUCCCGAGGGAUCUGUGAAAAACUUGAUUCCCGCGACUUCGUUCGCGGGCGUCCGCUAGUAAAUUAACAUAUUCCUCUUCUACUAUUAUUAUUAAAGUGUUUUUAAAAAGUUCUUUCCAAACAACUUGAUAUCUUUUGUGAAUAUUAAGGAUAGUAAGGAUUAAUCUGGACAGAUUAUUUCGACCACGUUAUGUUACAGGCAUGUGCUAAUCUGUGUGUUAGAAAAAUUAUGUGUUCUGCCAAAUAGACUUAAUGAAAAAGUUAGGGACCAAUUUAUUUAUUAUUUCUAAAUAUUUGUGGAGUUAGCUAGUUAUCGAGUAGUGCAAGGUGAAUACAUUUUUAACGAUACGCUAUGUAAAAUAAUAAUAUUAAUAAGCAAGUCUAUUAUCAAAAAGAGAUAUGUCGCCAUGGCCGAAACUUGUUUAUGAUUAUCUAUAUAGUACUAUAAGAUAUCCGAUUACCUACUUGAACUUUUAUAUAAAUAGAGCACUUAAUUACAAGAUACUUAAAAGAGCUUAUUCGCAAAAACGUAAAAUACCUAUCUCAAUAAAUAUUUUAUAUUGAGAACUGUUCAUUUAAUAAUUUAAAUUCUUCAUUCUACAAAGAAUUUGUAUUUGUAGGUACACAAUCAUAAUAAUCUCCAUAAUAGGUUAUAACAGAACUAAACUAAAACUAAUUCUGAAUUGUAAUGCCCUGUUAAUGAAUACAUGUUAGUUAAGGCAUUGUAAAUAAAUGUUUUAUGUAUUAGAAAAUGUUUGUGUAAGAAAUUGCUGUAUUUUUAAUAGGUAUUUGUCGUUUACAUGAGAGAAGAUAAUAAAUAAUGUUUUUGUUACUUAA